AAACUCUAGUUGCUUCAGCUGGAAUCUAAAUUAUCCACUGUAAUUUCCUAAAGAGACUGUCUCUUUUCUAUUGUCUGGAUCAAGUAUCUAACAAUAUGAUUUUAAUCUUGCAAUGUUAGCUUUUGUUAGUACAGAAUUUUUUUUUAGGUUGCAUUCCAAGUUAACAGGAAUAUAACUUUUCCAGGUAUUAAUGAAUCUGCUGUUGAAAGGGAUAAUCUUUGACAAGCCUACUAUAAUGUAAUGCAAGAACUAUUUUUUGUUUCAAUAGAAGAGAAUAUAUGUAUGUCUGAACUGUUGGAUUCUUGGGUUGGGUAACAUCAACAACCCCAGUUUCCCCUCCAUUGAUGAUGUUACCUAGCUAGGUGACCGAAGGACCGCACCGCGUGGAGCGAGCUCCGCUGAGGCCCCGCCGGGAUGCCGCUGCAGCGCCCCGCUUGGCCGGGGCGGGCUGCUCUGCCUGUCGCCGCGCUCGUGGGGCUUCUCUUCCUCUGCCUGAACCCGGGUGUUUCAAAGGGAAAUAAACUUAAGCUGUUGCUUCAGAGAAGAGAAGCCCCUGUUCUGAUCAAGGAGGAGGUGUCUGUUAAAGAAGAUAAGGCCAAGGAAUUCUUAAACAAUCUGAAACGUCAGAAGCGCCAACUCUGGGACAGAAGUCAGCCUGAUGUACAGCAGUGGUACCAGCACUUCCUCUAUUUGGGUUUUGAUGAAGCUAAAUUUGAAGAUGAUACCUACUACUGGUCAAACCUAGGCCGUAGUGGCCAUGAAUAUUAUGGUGGCUAUUAUCAUCACCAUUAUGAUGAGGAUGCUCCUAUUGGCCCACGAAACCCACAUACCUUCAGACAUGGAGCAAAUGUCAACUAUGAUGAUUAUUAAUCCUUUCUCCUCUGUAUCAACUAUGAUUAUUAACCCUUUCUUCUCGGUGUAAGGACACUAGGAAGAUUUUUUUUUAUUAAUUCUACUUUUAAUCUGGUUCUUAAUUUUAGCUGAUCAGAAGGGAGCAAGAAAAAGUGGUCUUGCAUAUAUUCCCUAAUACUUGUAUCUGCAUUAGAAUUAAAGCUUUUUUCAUAACACAUUUUAAUUAA